AUGGGCAGAGCGUGGUUAGGGGGCAUAAAUUGUCUGCUCCUUUUCAUGUGUGAUGCGUGUGCCCUUGAAAAGCAUGGGGGGAUUUACACCUCGGCAAGGCAGCACUGGCUUGAAGAUCUGACUUGCGCAGAGAGUACAUACGGAAAACUUAGAGGGGUGAGGGUGCCCCUGCCCAGUGAGAUUCUGGGACCGGUUGACCAGUAUCUCGGGGUCCCAUAUGCAGCCUCCCCGGUGGGAGAGAAGCGUUUCAUGCCCCCCGAGCCUCCUUCUUCCUGGUCAGGGAUAAAGAAUGCGACUCAUUUUGCUCCCGUCUGUCCCCAAAAUAUUCACAACGCUGUGCCAGAGAUCAUGAUGCCAAUAUGGUUCACCUUCAACCUGGAUAUAGUCACAACAUACAUACAGGAUCAACACGAGGAUUGUCUUUACUUAAACAUCUAUGUUCCAACAGAGGAUGGGGUCCAUGCAAAAAAACAGAACGAGGAUUUAGCGGAAAACGACGGUGAUGAAGAUGAAGACAUACGAGACACUGGGGCCAAGCCUGUGAUGGUCUACAUCCAUGGAGGUUCCUACAUGGAGGGGACAGGCAACAUGAUCGAUGGGAGCGUUCUGGCCAGCUAUGGAAAUGUCAUCGUUAUCACUCUCAACUAUCGCGUCGGCGUCCUCGGUUUUCUAAGUACGGGUGACCAAGCAGCGAAAGGAAACUAUGGACUGCUGGAUCAGAUCCAGGCUUUAAGGUGGAUCAGUGAGAACAUAGGCUUCUUUGGAGGAGAUUCCAACCGCAUCACUGUGUUUGGGUCUGGGAUUGGAGCUUCCUGUGUCAGCCUUCUCACCCUCUCCCAUCACUCCGAAGGUCUAUUCCACAGAGCCAUCAUUCAGAGCGGGUCGGCCCUCUCCAGCUGGGCAGUGAACUACCAACCGGUCAAGUACACGCGUCUCCUGGCAGAGAAGGUGGGCUGUAAUGUCCUGGACACGUCGGACAUGGUGGACUGUCUGAGGAAAAAGAGCUCCAGGGAGCUGGUGGAACAGGACAUACAACCGGCGAGGUAUCACGUGGCCUUUGGACCUGUAAUCGAUGGUGAUGUUAUUCCCGAUGACCCCGAGAUUCUGAUGGAACAGGGCGAGUUCCUCAACUAUGAUAUCAUGCUUGGGGUCAACCAAGGUGAAGGGCUUCGCUUUGUGGAGAACGUGGUGGAUUCGGAAGACGGCGUGUCUGGAAACGACUUUGAUUUCUCCGUGUCUGAUUUCGUGGACAGUCUGUACGGUUACCCAGAGGGAAAGGACACGCUGAGGGAGACCAUCAAGUUCAUGUACACGGACUGGGCAGACAGGGACAAUCCUGAGACAAGGCGGAAGACCCUGGUGGCCCUGUUUACUGACCACCAGUGGGUUGAGCCCUCAGUGGUGACAGCUGACCUCCAUGCUCGCUACGGCUCUCCCACCUACUUUUACGCCUUCUAUCACCACUGCCAGAGCUUGAUGAAGCCUGCAUGGUCAGAUGCCGCCCACGGAGACGAGGUGCCCUAUGUCUUUGGGAUUCCUAUGAUUGGCCCCACUGACCUUUUCCCCUGUAACUUCUCUAAAAAUGAUGUCAUGCUCAGUGCUGUAGUCAUGACCUACUGGACCAACUUUGCAAAAACUGGAGACCCCAACAAACCAGUUCCCCAGGACACCAAGUUUAUCCACACCAAGGCUAAUCGUUUUGAAGAGGUGGCAUGGUCCAAGUAUAACCCUCAGGACCAGCUGUACCUGCACAUUGGCCUGAAGCCGCGUGUGCGAGAUCACUAUCGUGCCACUAAAGUGGCCUUCUGGAAACACCUCGUGCCCCACCUUUACAACCUCCAUGACAUGUUCCACUACACGUCCACCACCACCAAAGUGCCACCCCCGGAGACCACGCAGAACACCCUGGCCACCAAGAAGUCCAAUGGGAAAAGCUUGCCGUUUAAUACCAAACGCCCCCCCAUGUCCCCGGCGUAUAACAGUGAGAAUAAAGACUCUUGGAGCGAUGAUGAAGAGACGGGGCCACUUGUAGUUGAGAACCCUCGGGAUUACUCCACAGAGCUCAGUGUCACCAUCGCCGUGGGAGCCUCGCUGCUGUUUCUCAACGUCCUGGCUUUCGCAGCUCUCUACUACCGCAAGGACAAGCGGCGGCAGGACUCCGGCCACGGGCAGCCCAGCCCCCAGCGCCAGACCACUGCCAACGACAUUGGCCACCACGCGCCCGAAGAGGAGAUCAUGUCGCUGCAGAUGAACCAGACGCACCACGAGUGUGAGGCGGGGAACAGCAACGAGGGGGCCCUGCGCCUGGCCUCGCUGCCCGACUACACGCUCACUCUGCGCCGCUCGCCGGACGACAUCCCCCUCAUGACCCCCAACACCAUCACCAUGAUCCCCAACUCUCUGGUAGGCAUGCCCAACCUACACCCGUACAACACCUUCACAACCGGCUUCAACUCCACCGGCCUGCCGCACUCCCACUCCACCACCCGCGUAUAG